AUCCGCCUCACAUCACUUCCUGGGCUUUAAAAAAAACGGGAAAAAAAGACGGGGGGGAAAAAAAAAAAAAUCAUCCAAGCUCGUCCCGUCCCGGAGGUGCAGAGGCUGAAGCCGGGGUGCUGCUGCUUCUGCCCGCGCCGACACCAUGAAGGCUCAGCCCGCGGCAGCCUCCAUCUUCUGCCUGUGCCUGGUGCUGGCGGCCUCCGCAGCCUCCGCCGCGGAAGGGCUCGGAAAGGGUUUUGGAGAUCACAUUCAUUGGAGAACAUUAGAAGAUGGGAAGAAAGAGGCAGCAGCCAGUGGAUUGCCUCUUAUGGUUAUCAUCCACAAGUCCUGGUGUGGAGCUUGCAAAGCUUUAAAGCCAAAGUUUGCUGAAUCCAAGGAGAUCUCUGAACUUGCCCAUAAUUUUGUUAUGGUCAACCUUGAGGAUGAUGAAGAGCCAAAGGAUGAAGCCUUCAGUCCUGAUGGAGGUUACAUUCCCAGAAUCCUUUUCAUGGACCCCAGUGGAAAAGUCCACCCAGAAAUCAUAAAUGAGAAAGGAAACCCCAGCUACAAGUAUUUCUAUACCAAUGCUGAUCAAGUUGUCCAGGGGAUGAAGGAAGCCCAGGAGAAGCUAACGGGUGAUGCUUUCAAACAAAAACACCUGGGAGAUGAACUAUAAUGAGCACACCAAAUGAUCCUUUCCCAUCACUUCAGAACUCUAAAAAAGAAAUGAUUAAACAGACUAAGAAUGUAGGUGCACUGGAGGGACUUAAUUCUCCUGUCAACAAUGUUAGGUUAAACCCUGUUUGGAAUUCACACUCAUGCAUCAAUCACAGUGUUAUCUCCUCCUCUGCAUGGCAGUUUGCACUGUAAAGGUUGUUUGCAUCCAGGGAAUGUGCAAACACAUUGAUCUGUGCAUUUGAGCAACCACUAAUACUUGGUUUUAAGAAGGAGGCAAAAUGCUGAGGUGAGGACAAACAGUGUGGUUGGAAUAACUAGAAGUAGCUGACAUUUCAAUGCUUUACCAGGGUUGGAUCCCUCUUUUCUCACUGGUGUUGUGUGAUGCCAUUAUUUUUACUGGGGAUUCCUAUGAAUGGGGCAUGUUCCUGGGCAAAGUGUUUUGUUGACAUCCUUAACCAUGAAUUCUGCCACUAAGCCAGGUCAUAUGAAUUUCAUGAAUGUCCAAAAAGCAUGUGAAUUUAUUAGCUCUGCAAACAUGGUUUUUAUGUAAAACUGCGUGUGAUUAAUCUUUAUUUGCCUUUGGGCAGAGAUUUAAUUUUUUCCUUGUGCACUCACCUUUUGAUUGUCUCAUUAAGUGAGGGUGGGUUAUGUCAAAGCUUUAUGGGGGUUCCCCUUUUAUUCUUUGAAUGUUUUUUGGCUAAAGCCUUGCCAUCACAUUGUACUGUAUUUUUGUACCAGGGUGUAAAAUUAAACCUUUUUAAACAUAAAUAUGCAGACAGUGUUUUGUGGUAUAAGGUGUAGCUUUCCUAAGUCUGGUUUUGUUUAUGUUGCAGUGAUUAUUAAUGUUGAAUGUCACAGCUGGAAAAGGUUUCUACUUUUUACCAUUACAAAGUCAACAGUUGUUUUUCCAUGUAAUUACAAUUCAGCCAUUCUUGGACUGUCUAUACUGUUAAGAGCAUACCUAGUGUAUGUGUUUCAGUGGAGCUGGAAGGAAAAAACAGAGGGGAAAAGAUCAGCUUUCUCAGCCUGCUGGUAACACUUUUCCAAAUGCAGCCCAGGAUGCUGUUGGCUUUCUUUGCCAGAAGGGAUGUUGCUGGCUCAGGGUCAAUUUGGUCUCCAUCUGGACUCCUACAUCCUCCUCUUCAGAGCAGCUUUCCAGGCAGUCAGCCUCCAGCCUGCACUGAAGCAUAGAUUAUUCCUCCUCAGGUGAAGGACUUUGCAUUUCCCUAUGUUAAACUUCCUGAUAACCCUCUUCCCAUCUCUCCAGCCUGGUCAGGUCAUUCUGAAUGGCAGCACAGCCAUCUGGUUAUCAGCAGCUCUCUCUGGUGUUGUUUCCUCUAGCAGUUUGCUCAGAGUGGACUUUGUCCAUUCAUCCAGGCUGUUAAUGAAGAUGUUAAAAGUAUCAACCCCAGGGGUACUCCACUAAUGAUGAGCCCCUUUCAGCCCAGCAGUUCCCCCAGUUUUCAGUCUUUACUGUCCUCCUCACUGCUCAUUUAUUUAGCUGGUACUUCACCACUUUGUCUGUGAGGAUGCUAUGGGAGGCAGUGACAAAAGCCUUACUGAAGCAAAAAAAAAAAAGGCUCUCCCCCUCCUUACCAAACUAAUCAUCAAAAGGGAAAAAUCCUGUCUAAAAGGAAAAAAAAUCCUGUCCUAAAGGCACUUGCUAUGACUUCCCAUAACAAAGACAGAUAAUUUUCUACAGAUAAUUUUUAUAGAGCUCUCUGAGGACAUUGGUUAGGGAAAAUUGCUGUGUACAAUAAACUAAACUUGUCCACUGAGUCCAUUUUUACUCUUCAGUAUCAUAAUGAAUAUUACUUUCCCAACAGUCUGCUUCCAAGGGAUUUUAGACACCAAAAUUCAAUUGGGCACUAGAAGACUCAGUGGAAAUAAUGGGAUUAUUGCACAUUACCAUUGCCCAGCUCCACCACUAGAAGUUACUCUACAGGUUUUAUCCUGUGCUUCUCAUGCAACUUGUCUAAUAAAUAAACCAUGAAAUUGAACUCGAAAACUAUUCUCAAGUUGUAUUGGUUUUCAAAGUAAAUAAUUCUGUGUAAGUCCUGAAAAGGAUCUGUGUUUUGUAAAAUUGUCUUUUUUCCCAGCUGUAUCAGUUGACCUAAUAAAAAAUAGGUCCUGUGUGA